AUUAUGUCUUUUCAUUCAGUUUGUCGUUUAUGUGCAAAUUUUACAAACGAAGUUGAUCUAGUCGAUAUAUUCGGUAACAAAAAUGAUUUAGAAUCGAAAAUUGAACAAUGUUUUCGUUUAAACCUGGAAAUUGAUAAUUAUCAACCAAAACAAGUGUGUAUUGUGUGUGCUUCUAAAGUGCAUUCGUAUUACGAGUUCUUUGUUCAAGUACAAAAAGCACAACUAGUCUUUAAAUCAAAUCAAGCACCAGGUCCGAAUCUAGUUGAGACUAAAGUUGAAGUGAACGACUUCGAUGAUGAAGACAAUGAUACUAAAUUUGAUGCCAACAAUUUAAGUUAUUCAGGUGAUGAAAAUGAUCCUGGUGGAGGCUCCGACGAUGAUUAUGAAGAUAUUAAAUUGGAAUCAAAACAGAAUAUUUUGGAUUUUCGGACGCCUAAGAUUAAAAAAAAAGAAGUAAUCGUAAAGAUAGAAGAAUCAGUUUCAGAAAUUCAAGAAUUGAAAAAAGCAUUUUAUAAGGCGGUUGAUAAAAUGUCUGAAAAAGCCAACGGUCAUUUAAUGACAGAUGAAACGUAUCAACGAUUUAUACGUGAGCUAGAAGAAGCCGAAGCUAAAACAACACCAAAAACUGCAAUCGAUUAUCGUCGAAUAAAACGUUUUGAGAUAUUAUUAACCGAUGAUAAUGUGAAAAAAUUAAUUGCACGACGAAAGAAAGCCUCAGAAACCAUAAAAUAUUAUGUACCGAAGAGUGAAAUGUUUGAACUAAUACGAGACGCACAUCUUAAAUGUCGACAUGGUGCGUUACGUGGCACUGAACGUAUUUUAAAAAUGAAAUAUAAAAAUUUAUCACGUGAAAUUAUUAUGGUCUAUUUGAAUUUAUGUCAAGUGUGUAAAAAUUGGAAAAUUGGAAUGCGAGAACGUUUAAAAUUAAAAGAAAAACAACGACAAGAAAACUCAGUAAACAAACCACCGCCAUUGGCGUUAAAAUGCCAUCAAUGUGGAGAAAUAUAUCAUGCAGAAAAAGAUUUACGUGAACAUUUUGAAAGUGUCCAUGAAAAACAAGUUGAAUUUAUUUGCCCAGAAUGUUCAAAAAUUUUUACUCAUUAUUUAACAUUUCGUAAUCAUGUUCGAAGCCAUAAAAAUGAAUUUAAAUUUAGAUGUGAAAUAUGUGAUAAAUUCUUUUCGGGAAAUCGUGAACUACAAAGACAUAAACAACGUCAUAAUAAAAUUCGUAAGAAAUAUUUUUGUAGUUCAUGUGGUAAAGGUUUCCUAAAUGAUAAAUAUUUAACGAUCCAUGAAAAACGAGCACAUUCUACACCAAUCAAUGAUGAGACGGGCGAUGACAAGGAUCGAAUUGUUAGGAAUCAUGAAUGCGAUGAAUGUCAUAAAAUGUUUGCAUCCGUUCAUAGUCUUAAUAAUCAUAAAAAAGUACAUGCUGGAGUUCGAGAACAUACGUGCGAACAUUGUGGAAAGAGUUUUAUUUAUAAAAAAUAUCUAGACGAUCAUAUUGCAUCUCAUAAUAGUGAAAGACCUUUUAAAUGUGAAACAUGUUCAGCCAGUUUCAAGUCGAAAGUGAACUUACGACGUCAUGUUGCCCUGCACACAGCCGUUAGAUCACAUCAAUGUCACAUCUGUGGGAAAAAAUUCCUUCGAAAACCAGCAUUAAUCGAACAUUCGAUCACACACACAGAUUUGUAUCCGUUUAAAUGUAAAUUUUGUGAUAAAAGUUUUCGAGCGAAGAAAAAUGUUGUGAGACACGAACUUUUGCAUACCGGCGAAAAACCAUACUCUUGUGAUACUUGUGAAAAUCGUCAUUUUACAUGCUCGUCGAAUUAUUACAGUCAUAUGAGACGACGUCAUGGUAUGAUUCGAGUUAAAAAAGAGAAAUCAAUUGCAAUAGUUGAUAAAACAAACUUUUUUAAUGAGAACGUUGUGAAUUAAUUGAUUAGAACUCUUAGAAAUCGUACAUCUAAUACUAAAAUCAAGCAUGAUAAGGCGAUUAUUUUUUGUUAGGAAAUUGUAAUGGAUUCAACUGUAAAUAAUGUAUAGAGAAGCUGCAUGAACUAGCUGGAGGAUACUAGCGUCUGGCUGGUGUUUCUACCAAAUAUUAUUGUCUUGGCUAAUACUGGACAUUGCUUUGGUAAUGCACUCUUGUAUUUUGACAUAUAUAAAUAAAUAAAUCUCUAUAAUAUUGUAAAUGUGAAAGUAAG